AUGGGUUUCAGAAACGACGGCCUUAGGGAGGAAGAGAACAACGCGAUGGCGGCUUCACCGACAACGAGCGACGCUUUGCUAUUGGCAACCAUGUGCAUCGUUGAGCUCCCAGUGGAUGUUCAUGCAAAGGAUGGCUCCAUUUAUUCUGGAAUUUUUUACACCGCCCGUGUCGACAAGGACUAUGCUAUAGUGCUGAAGAACGCGAGGAUGAUUAAAAAGGGGAACUGGGCUUCAAAUGUUGCAAAUGGGAGUAUGAUAGAAACACUUAUAGUUUCGUCAGAAGAUCUUGUACAAGUUGUUGCUAAGGAAGUUCCUAUUCCUUCAAAUGGAGUUUCUAGAUAUCUAAGGAGGGAUGGUUUAGAGGCCAUUGCAGGCACUAAUGAAUGUCCAGAGAGGGAGGCAAAAGCUAGCGAGUCCAAUGGAGAUAAAAAGCACCGAAGUGAGACAAGGUUUUCAGCCAGCUCAGAGAAUGAUGUUGCUCAUAGUUUUGCAUCUGAUCUGGAAAGUCACUUGAGCAGAUCCACAGAAGAAGAAAAUGAGAGAUCAGAUGGCACUGAUUUUGGAAAGAUGGGAGAUGCACAUAUAGUUUUGGUUGAUGGAAGACAAAUUGGGGAUGUCUCGGGGGGGAAACAGAGCAAUCACGGAGAGAACCCUGAGUUUCAAGAUGGAAAAAUUACCUGUGAAGUUCGAGGCUCAAGUUUAAGUUUGGAUGCUUGUCAAUCUCAAUCAACUGCUGCUGAGAUUAUGUUGGGGGAAAUGGAUAUGCAAAAUACUCUGAAAGGAUUAUCUUCUGGUAGUCAUGCUGCCACCAUGGUUAAACUGGAGAAUCAGAAUCAUAAAAGGCCUGCUUCAGAAAAACCCAGAAGUCCAGAUGCUCUUUCAUCUAGUGUUUCUGUAGCUGUGACCCCGACCGUGGUUGUGUCUUCGGAGUCAAACCCCAGUUCAUCCUCGGCUUCUACUCCAUCAGUGCCUCUAAAAGGUUCCAAUUUAAAUAGAACUGCUAAGGAAUUCAAGCUCAAUCCUGAAGCAAAAAUAUUUUCUCCCUCGCCAUUGCACCAUAGAUCAGUGACUCCUGCAGUGCAAACAGAAGCAAGUGUAGUCUACGCCAUGGUACCCAUUGCUACUGCAGAAAACGAAGAUGACAUCAGUUUGUUUGCUCCUCAUUCUUCUCUGCCUGUGACGUUUGUCCCAUACAAUGAUGUCAUCAUUGGAAAUGGCAGCAGUGAUGCACCAUAUGCCCAACCUGUUGUUUGCCAAGUUUUAAGCAGGACACAACCAGUUAGAUAUGCCAGUCAAUAUCAUAACCUCCAAGCUGGGACUGCUUAUGUGUAUCCAAAUUCUCAAAAUGUUAUUGCAGGACGAGCGGGGCCUCUUGUUUGUGUGUAUCCCUUUUCAGACACCAUUCAGAGUGCAGCAGGAUAUUCUCAAGCAGCUACAGGAUCUCUCUCGACUCCACAUCAAAUGCAUCUUCCCAAGUACCAAGAUUCAGAUCAAAUGAAAUAUGUGCAGCCUGAUUCAUAG